AUGUCUAGUCGGAAGAAGCCUUUAUCGGAGCAGUUAGCGGAGCUGCUAACCCCCGCGCCCACCGCGGGCCACGAGGAUCCUGAAGACGCGCAGGGGUUCGGCGCAGAGGCGCGCGCGAUCUUUGGCGGAGAUGAGUCGGCGGAGACGGCGGAAGGAUGGGGCGCGGCGGAAGCCGGAGUCGUGCGCCAGGGGGAGGAUGGCGCAGGGCGGAAACGCGGGGAGCGCAGGUCCACGGUCAAGGAGAAGGGGCUAAGCUUGCGCGGGAAUUUGGUAAUGGAGGGGCGGGAAUAUGGGGGGAAUAAGAGCAGCAGAUCGGCUCUAUUUGAUGGGUGGGCGGAUGACGUGGAGGAUGACGUGGCGGAUGAUGAUGAUGACGCGGAGGAUGACGACAUGGAGGAUGAUGUGGAUGAGAGAAUGCAGAAGGGAGGUGAUGCGGGGAGGGAUGACGAUCAAGAGGGGGAGGAAGGGAAUGAGGAGGAGGAGGGGGAGGACAGCCCAAACGAGGAUGAGGAUAACGAGGAUGGCACUAGCGAGGAUGAUUAUAGCGAGGAUGUCGAGGAGGAGGUGCUACAAGGGAGCGAGGAAGAGCUGGAGGGCUCUGAUCUGUCCCCGAGGGACGUUAGAUGCGCGCGAGGCCCGAGACGGCGAGGAUGGCGGAGAUUGACGGCCAUUUUUAUCGGGACCCGGCAUGAGGAGGAGGAUGAGCGGGGAGUUGAGGGGAGCUCGGGGAGAGAACGCGGGGAGGAGCACGAGGGAAGGGGGAACGAGGAGGGCGGUUUCGAAGCGCAGAACCGUGGAGGUGGAGAAUUGCCUUUGGACGAGCGUGAUUAUAGCGGUGCUGAUUCCGCGGCUCUGAAUGAUUCGCACAGUAGAGAGUCACAAGGGUUCUGGCACUCGGCACAUAACCAUCCACAUGGCGCGUCCCCAUUGGAUCAGGUCGUGGUGGACACGUCAGCAGCACCCUCCGUGUCAUUUAGCGACGCACUCAUGAAAGAAGUCCUUCCCAGAAGCUUCCCGGAUGGGAGCGACGGGGAGGGGGAGCUGUGGAGGAAAGGGGAUGGCCUGAAAAAGGGUUUUAGAAGGGUGGGUCGGCGGAUUAUUCGGGCUGUGAAGAAGCGGCCUGUGCUCAUGAGACGACUGGCAGCUGUGGUGCUCCUUUCUGGUCCCUUCCCUUUCGCCCGUCUCUUCUACCCUCCCGUCUUUCACCCCCUUUCAGUCAAGGCCCCUCCAUUCCCAAACCCCUCAACCCUCCCCAUCCCUCUUAUGGAGCCCAUCCUUCACCCACUCCGUUCCUCCUCCCUCUAA